AUGAGAAGUGGCUGAUGAUCAAAGAUAACUCCAUUGGCUAGAAACACAUAGGAAAUGAAUAGAUCAUAUUUAUCAGGGAUGAUUCUUUUACGGGGCAAAAAUAUGUCAUCACUUCAAAGAGUACUUCAUGCACUUGCUGUAGCGAACAACUAUGAGAACAACCAUCAAGUGACUUUAAAUUUCAAGACAAUAAGAAAAAAUAACUGAUGAUCUAGUUUAUUCAGUGCUAAUUCCCAGAUGAGAAGAAAAAACUGUAUACAAUUCAAAGUGUGACGCUAUGGUGCCUGCUCAUCAUACAAUCUUCUGUUAUCUGUAUAUUUUAAAAAGUUGGAACCAAAAUUUCAUCUGAUGAUAUAUAUUAGCUACUCACUUAAUAUACCCUGACAUCAUCGAUAAUUAUUUAUCAUUUUCUAUUUAACCUUCUAAUGCUCUGGUCUCUUUUGUAGGAGAGGGAAGAAUACCACCACAAUAAGCAGUGUCCUUUAAGAUAGAGAGAAGAAACGCAUAUAACAGAUCCUAAAGCUAGUUAAACUUGAUAAUGAAUCGGGUAGAGUUUUCCACCGAUGGAGAAUUUGAGAUGGCGGUUGCAGCAGCUGCAUAUUCCAUUGCCUCAAUGGAUGAAGAAAGUUCCCUGAACAAGAAAAGUCCACUCGAAGAAAUGGAAAUUUCUGAUUUAUCCAAAAGCAAAAGAGAAGGCAAGACAAGCACACGAAUAUAUUCCUGGUUCAGUAAGGAAGCAAAUGAUGACAGCAAAUCAACAGGUGACAAAAUUACAAGGAAAUCAUCAAUUUCAGACCAAAGGAUGCAGAAUGAUUCAACCAUUAAGCGCAAGAGUACAGAAAAGUCAACAGGUACCAUCCUAACCAUUAAAAAUGCCACAACCUUCACUGAUAAGUAUAUAAAUGACACAGGUAGCAAGAAAUUUGGAAGUGGAAAUGAAGCGAGACUAGGGCCAAAAGCUCAAUCCGCCAUAAAACCUACAAUUUCAUCAUCUAGUAUUGAGAAAAAGGAGGGGAACUCAGCUAGGUCCAACAAAUUGGAAACAGAGGCAGAUGCUUGGGAGAAGGCAAAGAGAGAUAAGAUAAAAACACGGUAUGAGAAGAUGAAAUCCAAAAUUUUGGAUCGGGAGACUGAGAAGAAGAUAAAAGCAAAGCAACGGCUGGAACAAAAACAGGUCUACCUCUUCUUCUUCUUCUGUUUGUUUUGUUUGUUUUGUUUUGUCGUUUUAGCCAAAUCGAUAACCAUAACCAUCAAGCCUCGGACCACAUAUUCAAGUAAGCUUUAUGAAUCAAUUGUUUGGUCAUUCUUCCUAUCAAGGGUUGCAUCGCAAUUUCUUACAACUUUCGUUCCUGUAUCAAAGGUCCUCCAUUAUCUUUCUUGGCCUUUUGAGACAAACUUGGCCCUUACCUUUAUCAAGGCCUUCUAAAAUCUCUAUUGCUUGUGGCAGUACCAUCUUAAUGUGGUCUUCAACACUUUGCUUUAAGCUAUGCUUGUCCUGUGAGUUUGGUACCUCCUUGAUAAUCAUUCUUCCGACUGUAUGGCAUUAUUUGUAUUAUUUUUGCCUCAUAAAACCACUUCUUAAGCCUAAUAGGAAUGCAUCAAUCACAUAGCAUCCCAAAAGCACCAUAUACUUAAUCCAUCCAACUCUAAUUUUUAAGAUAUAAUUAACUAUUUAUUCUAAAUCCAGAUAACAACAAUUUUCAAAUUUUGAUAUUGAUCCAUCAUUUACAAUUGCAUCGUAUAUAUUAUGUUUUGGUUCUACUAGUUUUAGACUGUUAUCCUGCAAAGUUCCUUGUAAUUUUACUUCAGUACUCAACCUUAUCCUCCUCCUGUAAAUUAGUAUUAUAUCAUUUGCAAAAAAUGCACACCAAGUUGCCUCCUUUUGAAUAUCAUUAGUAAGUUCAUCUGUGACAAGUGUAAAGAGUAAUCUUGCUAGUGCUAGCUCCUCUUUCAAAUCCAAUUCAUUUGAAGUUCAGUCAUCUUACCAUGACAACCAGCGAUCACUACUCCAAUAUACAUAUCCUUCAAAAUAUUCAUCCAACCUUUAGGCACAUCUUUCUUCCUUAGGUUUUGUUUGAAACAUGGAACAAGAACCCAAAAAAAAGUUCCUCUAGUCAGUCAGUUCACAAGCAAAACAUGACAAUAUGGAAAUGGAAAGAGAUGAAAGCUUGCAUUUCAUCCAAUAUACAUAUCCUUCAAAAUAUUCAUCCAACCUUUAGGCACAUCUUUCUUCCUUAGGUUUUGUUUGAAACAUGGAACAAGAACCCAAAAAAUAGUUCCUCUACUCAGUCAGUUCACAAGCAAAACAUGAAAAUAUGGAAAUGGAAAGAGAUGAAAGCUUGCAUUUCAUCUUUCUCUCAGUAAAAGGCCGAAGACAUGAAAAGAAAUUGGAAAACCAGUUCUUUUAGUUGUUUGGUUCACAAGAAAACAUGACAAUAUGGAAAUUAUUUAUCAAUUCAGAGAACCUGCAGUUUCAUUUUCCACCAAAAGGGGCCAAAAACUGCAGAGUUCAACUUCUCUAGAAACUUAGAACAAACCAAAUAACUGGAACAAAUUUUGCUUCCCGAGGAAAGAAAGAACUUUUUGUCCUUUUCCUUUCUCAUAAAUUUCCUAUAAUCAAAUUGACCAUAAAUGCCAACUUUUUGUUAUCAGCACUCAUGAUACCUUAUUAUUUCCUGUGUCCAAAUUGAUAAAACAUCAUGAAGAUUUCUUCUAUUCUAUCUAAAUAUUUCAGUCAGUUAUCAAAGAAAAAAUAGACUUUUUAUUAACCUUGCAAGCACCAAUAACAGAUCUAGAAUGGACCAUCUGGUUCAACCAGUAAACUGGUGAAACGGUGCCCUAUUCAGUUGGAUUGGAACCCCUAAGAGUGUGAAUUUCGUUGAAAUGGCGACUCUUACAAUUUCAGCAAAGCAGUUAUAACAAACUGAUACACAUGGACCAAUAUGCCUUGUUUUUUGAUUUCUUUCAAAUCCUUCAGUGCAUUUUCAUCAUUUGAUGGAUUUAGAUAUUGAAGAGAAAAAGGAAACUCUUGAUCAUCAUCUCCGCAAAGAGCCUCAAUCUUAAGAGCAGAAGAUGGCGGUCAUCACCUCCAAUACAAAUGAUGGUCAGGAACCACUGUGGCUACUGGGAAUGCCUUAAGGUCAUAGACAUGGGUGAGCUGACUAGCUGAGAAAAUGUGGAUCUUGGCAAAGACAUGCUCACCAGAGCCAAGGAGGUUAAGGGAAUGUCCCAAGACCAAUAAUGUGGAGUACAGGAGGCAAAUGGUGUGGCAAAAACAAUGCAAGGAGGCAUUGCCACUCCGGGUGAGGUCAUUGAUGAGGUCAUGGUUCGGAUGUUUCACUCUAAUGUUCCAUAUGUAAACAGCAAAAUCCAAUUCAUCCCCUCAUCAGGGAGAGACUCUCACCCCCUUCCCACUUAUUGUCUUCCCUCGAUCCUCACUGCCUCAGACUCUCUAUCUAGGUGUGUGCUUUAUUCAAGAAGAGAGAACAUUUGACAGAUGGGUGUGAUCCAUCAAUCAAGAUUAUUUAGAGAUAAUAGUCUUUUAGUUUGUGCACUGCUCUUCCUUCUCUUUCCUAGUAAUUAAUUCAACAGUGAAUGGGGAUACUUAUUAAGAGGAAAGUGUACUUAUAGGAUCAAGGUUAGACACAUGUUUGCAUUACAUAUAGUGCAGAGUUUUAUAUUUUUAUAACAUACUCUCUAUUCUUCGACAAAUUUAUUUUUUAAUAUUCUAAUGGUAUAGCCUGUUGACCCAAUGGUUGAACCAGUGAGCCAACUCCGGUCCAGGUCUGAUUACUUCCAAGCAUAAACACAAACUAGUUGUCAAAACUUCAUGCAAUCCCUUGAGUGUUGUUCCAUCACUCAGUACAAUAACUCUAUAGGAUGGCAAUUUAGUUUUUAUCCACAACCACUGAUCAAUAAUGUACAAGAUGUUCUCACACAUGAAUAAUAUUGCUACAAUACUUCUCCUUUGACCUAGAAAUUUCCCUAUAAUCAAGAUCUUACAACCAAAUUAACCUAAUGCUUCUCAUAAACAUUUAACUUUAUUGCCUCAUCAUUUACAUCCUUUUCAAGGCCAUUCAUACUUCAACAACUCUUGGAAAUAAAUAUUCUAUCUAUCUUUGACCCCACCACUUUUACCCAAAUCAUACUUUCUUCAUUCUUAAUGCAUCCAGCCUUAUAUUUCUCUAAUUUGUCUCUCCCUCGGCCUAGCUAAUCUGUGUGCUUAUUUCUCACCUUUUUUCAGUCCUAUUAUAUACUUCAGUAAUUCAACAUGCCCCUUAUCAUGUUGACAUUUUCUUUAUCAAAUGUCGUUGAAUUGUAAGCAAGUAAAUUCUCAAAACCAGAUAUUUUUCCACGUUCUGAACAAAAACAUCACAAUAAUAGCAUUUCUAUUCAUAAUAAGUGCUUUAAAUGAUUCUUUACUCGUAUAAUGGAUUUUUUUGUAAAGCUUUUCUUCAUGAGAGACAAGCCUUCUACUUGCUGACAAAAAUGUAAAUGCUCAAAUAUGACUCUGUAACCAUCAACUCCUCUUAAUCAGAAGCAACAUUAAGCUCAAAUUUCAAUAACUGUCAGCCAUCUGCCAACAUACAUUGAACAAUUUUUCAACAGAAUAUGCUAGAAGUUUCUUCCAAUGAUAUUAUGAAUCACAUUGUAUGUUGUGACUGGGUCCAGUAUUUGAAAAGAAACAAACAGAUUCUUCUCCCAAAAGAAUUUAUCAUUACCUUGAAUAAGCUCCAAACAGCCUCCAGUACAACCUUUUCUGAAUGCUUUCAAAGUUCUCCUGAUCAAUCAUUACCUUUUUUCUCUACAACCUCAAAAGGAUUACAGGGAUGCAUAAAUUACUUCAGACAAGCUCCCCUAAUAAUCGGAAGAGUUCAGUCCUCUGUGUACAAAGAUGAACCUAACUGCAUACAGCUUUAUUUUUUGAUUCCAAAAUAUUGAAAAUAGCAGGUUUAUGAUAACUUAGAAGAUUUUUUUUCAGUUCAGUGAUCAUUUGUUUGUUGAGAUUGCAGAGAGGACCAGAGCCGAGACGAGCAAAAGCCUUGGAAGAAUAUCAAAAUGAGAUAUCAAGAAUUGAUAAAAUUUCUGCAGAAGAUAGACUGCUUGUAGACAAGAGAGAAAGGAAUGAUGAACUUAAGAUAAGGGAGAUGGCAAAACAGAUGAGAUCAACAGGGGACAUUCCUCAUGCAUGUGUCUGCUUCUGAGUCACUAAGGUGAUGGUAGACCCCAGUGUCCUCGAUGAUGCUACUUCAUCUUAGCCAGUCGCGGGCAAUUUUUCUUGCAAAUCAUCAAUCAUAUAAAACUAGGGAUAAAUGCUGUAUAUUACAAGAGAUAUAUUUAUAUUUAUGGAUGACUUUUAUCAGAAGUGCACCUUUAAAUAUUUCUGAGCAUGACCAAGAAGGGAAAAAGGGUUGAGUGGUUCAAAACACGCAACAGAAUAACAGAACCAUCAAGCAAUAGGAACAACCGAAGACUGCUGCUGUCAGGUAGAGAAUAGGGGCGAGAGUGGGGAGUUCCUGAGGUAGACCAACGGAUGACUGAUGUUAGGUCAGUACUAGAGGAAAGGGGAGGUCUCCUCAUAUCCUAAAAAUAGAAAAAUGUGUCUUAUAGUAUACAUAGUAGGAGGGAGG